UUUUGCACGAAAUAAAUCGAUUGUCACGUCAAAAAUCCUGGAGACGACUCGCGAAUUCCAAAUGCUUUUUGCAGUAUAAUAAAAACCAUUUUCCGUCUUCCUUUGUACAGUAUUAUAGUGUUUGUUAGUUAAUAAAUUUAUUAAAAUAAUUAGUUGAAACAAAAAGGCCUAUGAAAUGACAUGAUUCAUGAGCAGUACCGUAAAGGCGACCUUCUCUGAUAAUUAUAGAAUUAAAAUACGUUGGUAAUAUAUAAAUAUUUCUAUUUUAAAAUAAUAUUAAUUUCAUAAAGUUUUCAUAUAUUUAUUGCAUUGCUAAAAAUGUUCAAAUUGCGCGCGUAAAAAUAUGGCGGAAAUUUUCAAACCGGUAUCAUUCGGCGUCUGUUUAAACUUUAAUAUUUUUGCCCUUUAAUUAUAGAUUUUCCGGCUUUUCUGCUCCCUCUGCGCUUUUAUAACGUUUUUCCCCAAAUAAAACAUGGUUUUUGCAUUUUUUUAACGUUGAAUUCGGACAAGGUUUUUCAAAACUCUCUUGUAGUAUUAAAAAUGGCCACCCAAUCUUAUUUAGACGAGCUUUUUAACGUUUUUGCAACACUUUUCCAUCAAGAACACGCAUUUUACGUGAUUUUUCUUACGAAAUUUAAGUUAGCAAAUUAUGAAAUUGUCAUUUUACAAUUUCAGUGGUUUUUUGCUUCAUUUUAUUUUAAAACAAAGUGCAAUUUUCCACAAAAAAAUCGUAAAAACAGAAAAGAGCCAAACUAAGAAGGAAACCGUUACUUUUUCCGCGUGAAUCACAAAAUUUCAAAUUACAUGAUUCGUGAAUCACACGCGAGAUUUGUGCAGAAUCUCAAUUUCUCGAACCUGCGCGCCGUUUUGCCGAAGACGUCGCGAGUGCCCAGCGGUUUCACCGCGACGGUGUUAGAGGCCAGCAAAUCAUAGCGAUUCGCAACAGUUCUGUGGAAAAGUGCUUUUGAGAAAAUUUAGUGGAGAAAAAUUUAAAUUGUUUUCGUGCAGUAUUCGUGGAAAUUAAAUUGCAAAGCAAGGAAAUUUGGAUAUUGCGUGCCCCUUGAGCACUUUUUUGCUGAAAGAAAUUCGUUAAAUUUGCAAGUCUUCGCCGUCACCAAAUCGAAGAAAAAUGUCUGAUCGCAAAGCUGUUAUCAAGAAUGCCGAUAUGAGUGAGGAGAUGCAGCAGGAUGCUGUUGAUUGUGCAACGCAAGCCCUGGAGAAAUAUAAUAUCGAGAAGGAUAUUGCCGCUUUUAUAAAGAAGGAGUUCGAUAAGAAAUACAAUCCCACAUGGCAUUGCAUUGUGGGUCGCAAUUUUGGUUCGUACGUGACACACGAGACACGCCAUUUCAUCUACUUCUACUUGGGUCAGGUUGCGAUUUUGCUUUUUAAGAGCGGCUAAUUUCCUUUCUUGUUUUUUUUACGUUAUAUUUAAAUUAUAUAUUUUAAGGAAACUUGUAUAUUAAUUUAAAGAAAAACAACAGAAAAAAAGGGAGAAAGUUAAAAAGCCGAAGUUUACACUUAAAAUGAAUCUACAGACGGAUGAUACACAAACACAAUGACACGAAAAAAAUAAACACAAAUCAAAGAAAAAAAAACACAAAAAAACACUUGCAACCACGCAAAAGAAAAAAUAUUUUAAAAAAAAUUGCAACCACAUCAGCAAAAUUAAAAAAAAAAAAUAAAAUAAAAAUUCUUUGUGUGGAAAAUAACACCGAAAAUCUUACUUGAAACAAUGAAAAGAUAAAAACACAAUUUACACUUAACAAUUAAAAAAAAAGAAAAAAAUAUAUAAAUAAAAUGAGAAAAAGGAUAAAUAAAAAAAAAAUAGAGAGAAAUCUUGAUAAAAAAAAAGAAAAUACAAAUUCAAGUAUUUUGCAAACUAUUCUUUUAAAUCACCACCACGCGUUGUAUUUUUUUUUCUUAAUAGUUAAUUUAUCUGCGGUUAACUUUAUGAUAAAGAGAAAAAAAAUUAGCACGUCAAAAACAGAUAAAAAAAUCUAUCAAUUAAUGAUGUAAUAAAAAAAUGAAAAAUAAAUAUUAAUACGUGAGAAAAGCGAGACAAGAUUAAAUGAAUCACUCAAUUCAAAAAGAAAAAAAAAGUAUUUAUAAGAUGGAGAAAAAUUUAAUGAAAAAAAAUGUCCUCUGGAAAUUAUAUCCAAUUUUUUCUAAUGGUAAUUUAGACACGGCGGAUAAACAUCUUUUAAAUUUACUGUAGUGCGAAUGGAAGAUUAAGAAAAAAUCGUUGAUUAGGAAAAAAAAGGAAUAACUUCAAGAAAAUUUACAUUUAACAAAGAAGGGAUAAUCUUAAAUAAAAAAAUCUGUAAAGAAUAUCGCAUAAAUUUGCUAGCAAAUCCGAUUAUACAUUGUCUUUUUUUUUUCUCUUUAAAAAAAUGUAUGCGAGGGAGUAAAAAAAAGAUUUACAGAACUUAUACACUUUCACAGAGAGAGAGAGAGAGAGAAAAAAAUGUGAGAUAUUUUAAGGCAUUUAAAAAAAAAAGAUAAAUACAAUUGUCUAUAUUUUUCUUUGAUUUAUUUUCUAUAUACAAAAAUAAAAGAAUAUUAAAGUGA